GUAACGCUCUCCGAUAUAUGGUUUGUCAACAAAUCGAAUCACAACAGUAGCAUAAAAUAUGAGCGAUGCUGCCGUAUCGGUAAAUCAAAUUAAAACCGAACAAAACGCCGACGAAGACAUCGAGGAGAAGCUGCCGGCGUACAGAGUGUGUGCGGAAAGUAAACUUAUACACGCAUCGGUGGAAAUAGUCGAUCUCACCGAGGAGGACUUUCUGAACGAAUUCAAAUGCUUCCUCAACACCCUGCCCGACCGACGCCUUGACGUCGAGGCGAGAAGAACCGGCACCAAUGCCAAGGCCCGCACCAUCCGAUAUGUUUUGGCCAUACCGGCCCUCCUGCUGGCUCAGGUUCGAAUACACCAGGACACGUUCAUAUGCGAGCUGUUUCGAAUCAACUUCUCGAACACGAUGCUGUACGGGAAACUAACGGCGGAAACGUUCCGCAAUGAUGUUACGGUGUAUCAGCUUGAUGAUGGAUCGGCAGCAGUGGAUGUAUAUUAUCGACCAUCGAACAAUAAAAUGCUAGAUAAUUUAAAUAAGCUGCUUUGCUGUGAAGAUACUCUUCGCCGGAAACCGUCCCCGCUGAACGAGGAAGCGAUUCCAAGCUCUAUCGAACUGAGGGGCCAUCUCAGGAUGCUGAUUUCGAUAGCGAAAGCACGUUGUGCCACCUUUCUCGGCCGUUUGAAGCUGCGCACGCAAUGCUUCGUUGUAGGACGGCCUUUCGAAGCUAGCGGUGGCAGGGUAGCCGUGUUUGCCCAAACCAUCCUACCCGAUGGCGAGCUGGGCCACUCGUGUGAGCUGUUCUGGAAGUGCUACCUACUUUCGGUAUACGAGCCCAUGCUCAGUAUGUUAGAAGAACCGACCAGCAUGAACGAAACGACUGCAAGUUGCAUCGAUAAAUUGGUGGAAAAGAUGAAGGGAUUGUACAUAUAGAAAGAAAACCCGUUAUGUAUCUGUUUGAAAA